GAGCUGCUGCCGCUGCCGCCCCCUGCGGCCGCCGCCGCGCCACCUCCGCUCUGCUCCCCUUCCCUGUCCCCCGCCAUGGAGUGAGACCCCCGCCGGACGGCCGGACGGGGGGGCCCCGCCGCGCCUCGAUGGCUCUGGUCACGGUGCAGCGCUCGCCUACCCCCAGCGCCACUUCCAGCCCCUGCGCCUCGGAGGCAGACAGCGGGGAAGAAGAAUGCCGGUCCCAGCCCAGAAGCAUCAGCGAAAGCUUCCUCACUGUGAAAGGUGCAGCUCUCUUCCUGCCACGAGGAAAUGGGUCAUCCACUCCCAGGAUCAGUCACAGGCGCAACAAACAUGCAGGGGAUCUCCAGCAGCACCUGCAGGCCAUGUUCAUCCUGCUCCGCCCAGAAGACAACAUCAGACUGGCUGUAAGACUGGAAAGUACCUACCAGAACCGCACUAGAUACAUGGUGGUGGUGUCCACCAAUGGCAGACAAGACACGGAGGAGAGCAUCGUCCUAGGAAUGGAUUUCUCUUCCAAUGACAGUAGCACUUGUACCAUGGGCUUGGUGCUGCCACUCUGGAGUGACACCUUGAUCCACCUGGAUGGGGAUGGAGGGUUCAGCGUAUCAACAGAUAACAGGGUGCACAUAUUCAAGCCCGUGUCUGUACAGGCAAUGUGGUCUGCUCUGCAGAGUUUGCAUAAGGCUUGUGAAGUGGCACGGAGCAACAAUUACUAUCCAGGGAGCCUCUUCCUCACGUGGGUCAGUUACUACGAGAGCCACAUCAACUCAGACCAGUCGUCGGUCAACGAGUGGAAUGCCAUGCAAGAUGUCCAGUCCCACCGGCCCGACUCGCCCGCCCUCUUCACAGAUGUCCCAACUGAGCGGGAACGCACGGAACGGCUGAUUAAGACCAAACUAAGGGAGAUCAUGAUGCAGAAAGAUUUGGAGAACAUCACCUCAAAAGAGAUACGCACAGAGCUGGAGAUGCAGAUGGUGUGUAACCUGCGGGAGUUCAAAGAAUUCAUUGACAAUGAAAUGAUAGUGAUCCUCGGGCAGAUGGACAGCCCCACACAGAUAUUUGAUCAUGUCUUUUUGGGCUCAGAAUGGAAUGCCUCCAAUUUGGAAGAUUUGCAGAACAGAGGGGUACGGUACAUUUUGAAUGUGACUCGAGAAAUAGAUAAUUUCUUCCCUGGGCUCUUUGAGUACCACAAUAUCCGGGUUUAUGAUGAAGAAGCUACAGAUCUUCUGGCAUACUGGAAUGAUACCUACAAAUUCAUCUCCAAGGCAAAGAAAAAUGGUUCUAAGUGCCUGGUGCACUGCAAGAUGGGAGUGAGCCGCUCAGCAUCCACGGUGAUUGCCUAUGCCAUGAAGGAAUACGGCUGGAACCUGGACAGGGCUUACGACUACGUGAAGGAACGGCGCACCGUCACCAAGCCCAACCCCAGCUUCAUGCGGCAGCUGGAGGAGUACCAAGGGAUCCUGCUGGCCAGCAAACAGCGGCACAACAAACUGUGGCGCUCGCACUCGGACAGCGACCUCUCAGAUCACCACGAGCCCAUCUGCAAGGCUGGGCUGGAGCUGAACAAAAAGGAGAUCACCACCUCAGCUGACCAGAUCUCAGAGGCCAAGACUAAUGACAACCAGCAGCCCAUGUCUCCCAUCUACUCAGCUGAGCUGGACAGGGAGCAGCAGCUCCCAGAAGACACAAACAUGAUUGAGGACAUGUGUGUGAAGGAGAGAAGGAUCCACUUAGAGUUUACUUGCAGAGACUUCCACACAGAGCAGAUGGAGGACAAGCUGAACCUGAACAAUAUCAAUGGCUGUACAGCAGGGUGUUGUGUAGACUCCAUCCCCCCUGACAACUGCCGUGCUUCUGAGGCCUUAAUGCAGCUCCAGCACCCCUUGGAAAUAACGGAGUUUUCUGAUCUGACGGUGGAUGAUCUAGAAAAAGAUGCCCUUAAGCCUGAUAUGAACGUGCACUUGGUUCCCAUGGAAGAAUUCACUUCAUGCUUAAAAGACUUCCCCCAGUCCCCAAACCAAAAUUCCCUAGGUCUCCAACAGAACCCUCAGCCCCAAGUGACAGACCUCAGCACAGACAGGAUUGAUUUCUUCAGCGCUUUGGAGAAAUUCGUGGAGCUCUCCCAGGAGAGCCGGUCACGCACCUGCUCCCAUUCCAGGCCAGAGGAGCAAGGGACUGGGAGGAAUGGGGUCUCCAGGGUGCCCGUGCUGGAAGUGCCACCUGCUGCAGAUGGGGGUGCAGAUGCUCGAAGGAGCAGCCCUGGAAACUCUCCUCAGCCAUCCGAUGACUCCUCCACAGAUGAAGAGCAACAAAAGGAGGUCCCUGAGCUGCCUGGUGCAGGUCAUCUCACAAGAUCCCACUCGGAAAAUGCCAUUUCUGUGAAGGAAAUUAUCACAGAGAUCGAGUCAAUCAACCAGGGAACAGGACCUGCCCAGCAGAAAGAGAGUUCAGCCAACCUCAGCCAGACACCAAAGAGGAACACAGUGCAUGACCUGCCAGUGGAGGUGAUUUGGGCAUCAGAAAAGUUAGAACAGAGUGAAGGAGCCUGUGCUGGACACCAGGAGAAGGAGAAGGACCCUCUGCCAACUGAGCAGGAAGAAGCCCCAUCUCUGCAGCUGUCUUCUGGUAGAUCAGACCUGGAGGAAUGCAGCUCCGGCGGGGAGCAGCAGGAGCCUCGUGGCUCCGUCAAGCCCGAGCCCAAGUGGUGCCCCGGCUCCGUCCGGCGAGCCACGCUGGAGUUCGAGGAGCGCUUGAGGCAGGAGCAGGAGCACCAGCACACGGCCCCAGCCUGCACUUUACCGACCCGCAAGAACUCCAGGAACGACUCUCCUGCUGCCGAGCUCCUGCCACGGGGGAAGAGCGAGGAGCCGCCCCUGGAGAUGGCUCCGGAGGGGGACAAGGCGCAGGGUCCAGGUGCUGAGGAGCCGCUGCUGCCUCCCAGGGCAGAGCAGCCUGUGGGCAGACACCUGCCUGCACCCCUCGGCCCCCCUGCCCAGGAGUCCCUGCCCGCAGAGCCCAGCCCGGGGCAGGAGGGAGCGGCACAAGAGCGCAGGACAGUGGUCUCGUUUGACGGGACGGAGGAGCCAUCCCUGCCCUCCCUCCUCCCAAAGAGAAUCGAAAUCGUCGAAUACACCCUCACGGUCAAGCCUGCGGAGCAGCGCCCCGAUACAAGCUGUGAGCAGGGCGAGCUGGCCGCGGCCACCCCGUCUUUAGAUGAAAACUUGAACCCCUCGAUGUGCUUGGAGAAGGCUCCAGCGGAUCCCUCGCCACCGGAGCACGCGGUACGCAAGCAGGCCGCCUUCACCGUGGGCAGCCCCGGCGAGGAAGGCAGUGGGAUGUCUGCUCACCUCGGUGCUGCUUCUCCCUCUGCCCAGGUGACCUGUCCACCUUCAGCCAGCCUCGAGCACUCUCCUUACCCCUCCUGCAUCAUUCACCUGGAAGGUGUCACCGAGCAGAGCACGGGUACAGACGAUGAGCCGGUCACGCUGUGUGGCACCGAGGGAGAUGCGUUCAGGGACAGUCCCAGACCUCUCUGCGGGGGCAGUGCUGGCAUCUCAAGGCAGCUGAGCAGCGAGGACUUCAGCAGGCAGCGUGCUGAAAACAUGGACCUUCUGGACAUCUCGUUCCUGUGUUACAGCCUCCCUCACAGCUCCAGCAGCCUCAGCGUGGAGGAGCGCUCCAGCAGCCCCGGGCCGGUCAAGCAGCGGGAGAAGGAAAUAGAGGCUCGGAUCCGGCACGCAGGGCUCACCAGACCCUCCCACAUCAAGCGCUCGGCAUCGCUGGCCAAACUGGACUGCCUGGACCUCUCCAAGGACGACUUACGCAGCAGGGAGUCAGCCUCUUCCAGUGCCAACCCCGUGCUUCUCACCUGCGUUGCCCUCGGUCGAGGCUUUUGUGGGGGGAGGUUGGAGAGGGGCUCGGAGAGCGCGUGUGGGAAGCAUCGCCUCUCCUCCCCGGAGCCCACCAAGCAUUUUGUGGAACAGCUCAGAACAGCCGAGUGCAUUGCCCAGAGCAUGCCGGUGGAGAGGCCGCUGGCUCAGUACGCCAAAGAGUGCAGCUCCAGCCAGCAGAGUUUGUGUUCCAGUGCAGAUCCGACGUGGACUAGCUCCGGGGAGGGCCCUCCGCUGCUCCAGGUGCAGGUCCUGGACUCCUUGUCUCCAUCUCCAGCUCUGGCUGUUGCCCCACGGCAGCAGCACGGGAGAACUCACCCUCUGAGGAGGCUCAAAAAGACCAAUGACAAAAAGCGGACAACCAAUCCCCUCUACAACACGAUGUGAUCCUGGGCCCUUGGCUGUGAUUUCUUACCCAGAACCCGUGGUGUUGCUUUCACACAAGGGGCAGGUGUAAUAUAAGGAACAUGCACUUUAUUGGUUAAUUUUAUAUAUAUUGUCAUUUUACUGUUCCUGGCGCAUGUAGGUGUGGGUUGGUUCUUCUGUGUGUGACUCUGACUGCAGGACUGUUUGGGUUUUUUUAAGUUUAACUCAGAUAACCUCAAAUGUUCUUUUUUUUGUUGUUGUUAGUUUGUUUUAAAAGAACACCUUUAUCAUGCGAAAAUUGAUUGUUGGCUUGCUUUGGCAAGGUGGAGUUUUGCUUACAACCAGAUCCUAGUUCUUAACUUGAAUUUUCCCCACGCCUUGAAAUGGUGCUGGGCAGUUGGUGGGGUGAGAGCCCCUGAAAAUGUGAAGGUUGUGCCAAGGUCCCUUUCUUUGGCCUUUCUUUUAUUCUGCAAACUGGAACUCCACCAUGCUGGCAGAUCCCUCACAAAGCUGCUUCAGGACAAACGCCCAGGGCUCAGUUCAGCUGGUGCUUCCCCAUAAGGAGCACACAGGGGUAAAUCUCCCCAAUGGACGGGCUCUAAUAAUCCUGGGCAGCACCAAGACCAUCUCUCCCAUCUGCCAUGGGGCACACAGAGCUCUCUGCUCUGUCCUGAGGUGGGGCAGAGCUCCUCCAGGAGCUGCCAGGGUCACCUCUACCCAAAAAGCCAGUGUUCUUUUAAAACAAACGCCUCAUUAGGGUUUUAACCCUCCCAUUACUUGAAUACUGCUGUGGGCCUUCCAAGUUCAUGGCCAUAUCAUCUGUCCUCUGCCCCAAAGCUGUUCUUGUGCUGCCUGAGUUUCCCUCUCCCCUCUGCCAUGCUCACGGGUGUUUCUGGUGGCUCCCAAAACUUGAGCUGUUUUUGUUACAUGACAUACUGCCCUUAAUGCAUAGCUUUGUCCUCUCUGCUGUCACUCCUAACUCUAGACCCAGAGGGAAAAUAUUUUCUGGAAUAUUUCUUUUUUUUUUUUUUUUUUUUUUUU